AUGCUGCUUCUAGCUUCAGCUUUUUUCCUAACACUACUGCAGUGCUCUAAUGCCCCAAAACCAAGCAUUACACCUGCAGACUGUAAAACCAUUGAAACAGAUGCAGGACUGGCCCUGGAUUUGGUCAACAGACAUCGCAGAGAUGGCUAUGGGUUUGGUUUAUUCCGUGUUGCUGAUGCACACAAACUACAUCUAGGAAAUUCAUCAGUCCUCUAUUUAACUUUGGAUGUGCUGCACACUGAAUGCUCUGUAUUAUCCAGAAGACACUGGGAGUCUCGUGAAUACAGUGACACCUAUUGCAUGGACUUUGGGCAAUGUAAGAUUAUCACAUAUACAAGCCAGCUGCUGAAGAAAUCUAAGCUGUAUGGAUUUAAUUGUACAUUAAGUCCAGUUCCUCCUGAUUUAUUAGAGUGCAAAGAUUGUCCUGUGAAAGUUGAAGUCUUAGAUGUCACCAAGCAACAUAAAAAUAUUGCUGAAAAGGCCCUGGAGAAAUUCAAUGGUGAGAAACACACAAACUACUUCAACGUGGACAAAGUUGAAAAGAUUUUAAAGAUGACUGCCUCCUGUGAAGGUCACAUUUUAGGAUUCUCUAUAAAAGAGACCAACUGUUCCAAAUCCACACAACAAGCAAAUCAGGCAUUGGAAUGUGAUUUUCUGGAUGACUGGCAUGCUCAUGUGGGCUUCUGCAAGGCAAGAAUUAUCAGUGAUCCAGAUGAACCUGAUGGAACAGAUACAAGCUGUGAAAUCUACCAUCUCCGAGAAUUACAUUAUCUUCCUUCUUCUCCGCCCCCCCAUGAUGGACGAUAUAAUCCUCCUCGUGGUCCCCAUCAUGGACCACACUGUCCUCCCCCUCCCCAUGGACCACAUCACCACCCUCCUCCCCAUCGUAGACCACACUGUCAUGCUCCUCCUCCAGGACACCCUCCUCAUCUCUAUCAUCACUAUUACAGACAUCACCACAACAAGACAAGCAUAUCUGGAAAGUACUUUCCAUCCCAAAUAACAGGAGCUGUCUAUCACAUUCCAGCUCUAAAUCAGCCAGAUUCUCUCACACCUCCCACUGCAAAUUUUCCUGAGCUAUCCCAGAGCAACCCUCACUCCUCCAGCACUGGUGAAGGUAUUCCCUUCACUGGCUCAAGUCUAAAGCAGAUACCAGAAGCUCCUGGUUUUCCAGAUCACACUAAAUAAUCAAAGGCAUGCCCAGGAAACCCCACACUUGUUCUUCCAAAAAGUUUGCCUUUAUUUCCACAUAGCUCCAUGGCAGAAAAUCCUCCUACAUUACCUCAGAGAAAGAUGUUCCUGGCUUGA